CAACUAUAAAACUAGGAAUUUAAAAUCAAUUUAUUCAUUCCAUCGAGAGAACUUGAGGUUCGAUAUCUCCAACUGCAAACCUCGAAAAAAAACUUACUCAGGUGAAAACUUUAAAACUCAAACUUAUCCAACUGAAAACUUCUGAUGCAAGACAUGGAUGUAAAUGAGAUUAUAAGCAACAUUCGGAAUGGGGACUUUAAAGAUGUCGAACAACUUAUCAAAAAAAACCCCCAAAAAGUUAAACGAACAUCUUCAAGUGGUGUUACAUUCCUCAUGGCAGCUUGUGAACAGGGCAGCACAAGUCUCAUAGCCUUCUUGAUAGAAUCUGGAGCCAAUAUGGACAAGAGUGACAAAGAAGGUCUGACAGCAUUACAUUAUGCUGUGAAAAGCCAUCAAACUGAUGCUGUGGCCUUCCUAGUCAACAAAGGAGCAAAAGUUAAUAAGCAGGAUUCACGGGGCAGCACACCUCUACAUUGGGCUGUGGGAAAGAACUAUGAAGAUGUAGUCAAAGUCCUGUUAAGUAGCAAAGGAAAAAAGAUUUUAAAGGUUAAUAAGCGAAGUCAUGAUGGUUGGACACCUCUACAUCUUGCCUGUGACCAUGGACACACAGACAUUUUAAAAGUUCUCCUGCAACAAAAUGGCACUGAUGUCAAUGCUAUGGAGAAAGAUGGUUGGACACCUCUACAUCUUGCCUGUGACCAUGGACACACAGACAUUUUAAAAGUUCUCCUGCAACAAAAUGGCACUGAUGUCAAUGCUGUGGAGAAAGAUGGUUGGACACCUCUACAUCUUGCCUGUCAGGAGAGGCACACAGACAUUAUUAAACUUCUUCUACAACAAAAUGGCACAGAUGUCAGUGCUGUGACCAACAAUGGUUGGACAGCACUGCAUCUUGCCUGUCAAUAUGGACACACAGAAACAGUAAAGCUUCUCCUACAACACAAUUGCACAGCUGUCUGUGCUGUGACCAACCAUGGUUCAACACCUUUACACAUUGCCUCUUUCCAUGGGGACACACACAUUGUUGAACUUCUCCUGCAACAAAAUGACAUCGAUGCCAAUAAAGUGGACAAAUAUGGUGACUCCCCUCUACAUCUGGCAGUUCAAAACCAACGCUAUGAUGUGGUAUCGUUGAUGCUGGCCCAGGAUUCAGUGAAACUGGAUAUUAGGAACCAUAAGAAAAUGUCACCAUUACUGGAAGCCGUCUCUGGGGCCCACCUCGGAAUAAUCCAUAAACUUAUUAUACAUGGUGCAAACAUGAAUGCUGUCGACAAUGAUGGCAAUAAUUGUUUGCACCUCUCUAUAAUAAAGAAAGAGAUGUUCCAUUCUGAGGUGGAACCCAUUCCCAUUUUAGAUGAGUGCUGCAAAGAGCUCCAACUGGACAUGGAUAAGAGGCUCUCUGGAAUAGUAGUUUUGUGUUACUUUGCCAGCCAAGGAGCCAUCUUAUACCAUCGUAAUGUUAAGAAAGUGACCCCAUUGGACUACAUAAAAAAUCAACAUUUGAAAGAAAAAUUAAAAACAUUUUUACAAUCACUGUGUCGGUGGUGUCAAGAGAAAAAGGCUACUAUCACACUCCAUCCAUGUCAACAUACCGUUACUUGUCAGAAUUGCUGUUCUCAAAUGAUAUUUAAGCAAUGCCCCAUAUGUCGACAACACAUACGCAGCAAAAGUGGAUUUGUGUGUCCAAAGUCUGAAGAUAAAGCAGUCCAGGCGGUUGUAGAAUCUGUUGUGUGUCCAAAGUCUGAAGAAAAAGCAGUCCAGGCAGUUGUAGAAUCUGUUGUGUGUCCAAAGUCUGAAGAAAAAGCAGUCCAGGCGGUUGUAGAAUCUGUUGUGUGUCCAAAGUCUGAAGAUAAAGCAGUCCAGGCGGUUGUAGAAUCUGUUGUGUGUCCAAAGUCUGAAGAGAAAGUAGUCCAGUCGGGUGCAGAGUCUGUUGUGUGUCCAAAGUCUGAAGAGAAAGCAGUCCAGUCGGGUGCAGAAUCUUUUGAGAGUUUAAAUUUGGAGGAAAACCGCUCCCAUAGCACAUCGAAGGAGGUGGCAGUUAAGCAACAGCAAGUUGAAACUCUAAAGUUAGAGGAGAAGUGUCUCCAAGAUGUUGCAAAACUGUUAGGAGUCAACUGGCAGCAAGUUGGCAGGAAUUUAGGAAUCAGAAAUGUCAAACUGGGGAAUAUCAGGUAUGACUAUCCUUUUAACACUGAAGAGCAGGGCUUCCAGAUGCUGCACAAAUGGUACACAAGUUGUGAUCCAGAGAGACGAACACUCAAAACACUCAGAGAAGCUCUUGUGGAAGCUGAAUGCUUUGAGGCACUUCAAUGUCUACCAUCAGAAGAAAAGUGAACUUGUGUGUAAAUGCUGCAAUUGUUUAGUCCAAGGUCAACCUUGACUAAACAGAGACUCAUGAUCAAAUACCUUCCAGCCAGGACCCUCCCGACUUUAUCCUUAGUGUAGGGAACCCAGAAUCACAUUGUCCAAUGUGAUAAUUGAAUUGAGCAGGAUUUGGCUACUAAUUCUAGCAAAUCUAUCCACAACAUAAGAGAUUCCCUUCCUGAAUUGGUCCCUAUCUUCUUAGAAAUUAACUUUUGAAAUAAAGAUAAACUUUGAAAUGUUCA